UAGGAGCCGCCGAUCUGGCUGGCUCAAACAAAACAUAUCAUGGCUCUGAAUGGAUUUCCCAAGUUCCUUCCAAAUGCAUGCCCAUUAAAACUUCAGCAUCCAUCUAUCGGGAGCGCUGCUUCGAACAAAACAGACGAAACCUUUCCUCCUAGCAGAGAGAGAGGGGGUAUGUGUUUUCCAAGGAUGAUGCUCUUGCAAGUGAUCAACAUGACAUGGGUCGUUGGUGUCAUACUAAUAUUAGAAAUGGCCGCUUCUGCAGCAAUUCUAGCAGCAGCAGCAGCUCCAUUAGCAAAGCCUAACUGCAACGACCGGUGUGGAAAUGUUGAAAUUCCAUUUCCAUUUGGCACUUCUGAAAGGUGCUAUCUCGAUCAUAAUUACUUCGUCAACUGCACAUACGAUUCCUCCGGCAAAACCCGCCGGCCAAUGUAUGGAAAUUUCGUUGUUCAGAACAUUUCCCUCGAAGGUCAAUUUGAGUUCUUUGGGUACCCUGUCUAUGAAUGUUUCAACGAGUUGGGUACCCCUGAUAAUCGAAGUAGUCGUUUACUUGUAAAUUUCUCCAGUUCAUUUUCUUACACCCACAACUUGUUCGUGGCCAUUGGUUGUGACACUAUUGCUUACCUUAAUGGUACCAAGAACAAUGCAAACUUCUCCACGGGCUGCCUCUCUGUUUGUGAAAACAUUAACGAUGUGGCCAAUGGGUCUUGUUCUGGAAUUGGGUGUUGCCAGUUAAACAUUCCAAAAGGAUUGGGGGAAUCUAGUUUAUCAGUACGGAGCUUUUCUGGGCACAAAGGAGUAUGGAAGUCCAAUCCCUGCAGCUAUGCUUUCAUUGUUAAAAGAGAUGCGUUCCAUUUCUCCCCCGAAUAUCUGAUUCCAAACGUGUCCAAUAUGAAAUUUCCUGUGGUCUUUGAUUGGGGAAUUAGAUAUGAAACGUGUGAACGUGCUAUCGCAAAGUCGGACAUCCUAUGCGGAAGGAACAGCGCAUGUUAUGAUUCCUCGUAUGGAUACCGUUGCAGAUGCAAUCCUGGUUAUGGUGGAAACCCAUACCUCCUCAAUGGUUGCCAAGAUAUUAACGAGUGCCAAAGUGGUAAUAAUUGCACUUAUCCAGAACGCUGUAAAAACACAAUGGGAAACUAUACAUGUUCUUGCCGCAAAGGGAGCCGAGGGGACGGAAGAAAGGAUGGAACCGGUUGUGUUGCGAAGAAAGGAAGAAAGGAUCGAAAGAUUGGUGCUGGUAUCGGCACAACCUCCUUAGUGCUAGUAGUUGGAAGCGUUGGGGUAUAUUGGGUAAUACAAACAAGAUGUGCCAUUAAGCUCAGACUGGAAAUUUUCAACGCACAACUCUCUAAUCAUCAAGGAUCGAUGAAACCAGUUAUCUUCCGUGCAAGAGAACUUGAGAAGGCCACUAAUAAUUAUGACAAGAGUAGAAAGCUUCGCCAAGGAGGCGAUGGAACGGUUUAUCGAGGAGUAUUAACAGAUAAUAAAGUGGUUGCUAUUAAAAAGUCUGAAACUGUUGAUGAAGACCAGAUUAAACACUUCAAAGAUCAGAUUAAACCCUUCAUAAAUGAAAUGAUUGUGCUUACUCAAAUAAACCACAAGAAUGUGGUUAAACUAUUGGGUUGUUGUUUGGAAACAAAAGUGCCCUCGCUAGUUUAUGAAUUCAUCACAGAUUGGACACUUUCUGACCAUAUCCAUGAUAAAGAUAAGUCAUCUUUGCUCUCAUGGGAAAAGCGUUUGAAGAUAGCAACAGAAGCUGCAAGAGCCCUUGCAUACCUACAUUCCAAAUCAAUUAUUCACAGAAAUGUGAAAUCUGCAAAUAUACUUUUAGACGAGAAUCAUACAGUAAGAGUUGCUGAAUUCGGAGCUUCAAGACUAGUUCCUCUUGAUCACAUGCGAUUAGAGCAAGGAACAUUUGAGUACUUGGAUCCUGAAUACUUACGCACUGGUCAAUUAAUAGAAAAAAGUGAUGUCUAUAGCUUUGGCGUUAUUUUGGCAGAGUUACUAACAGGUAAAAAAAAUCUACCAACAUACUCUGUUUCUCCUCUAAAUGAAGAUUGCCUAGAAAUUAUUGAGCGCCACAUUAAAAAUGAGGACAAUGUUGAAGAGCUAAAGGAAGUUUUGGAUAUUGCAAAAAGGUGCUUAAGCAUAAAUGGAGAGGAUAGGCUAACCAUGAAGGCUGUGGAAAAGAAGCUAAAUGAUUUGAGAAUUAAGAAAAAUCAUUCAAAUGAGGAAGAAAGCGAGUGUUCAAUAAAAGGAGAUUUGGGUCUUGAUGCUGGCAUUGCCAAUUCUUCACCCAGUACCACCAUUGAUAACAUCACGCAAUUUCUACCCACCUGUUGCUCCAUGAUUCCUUUAUUCUGAAGACAACCUCUUUCUCUGCCCAGCUUCAUGGCAAUUCCAUAGCUACCCACCACCGAGUAUGACUUCCUCCAAAUCUUUUUAUGUCCCUUAGUUUACACCAUGCAGUGUUUCCUUGGUCUCUGAUCCCUAGAAUUCUCUCUCACAGCCCUUCAGCCACCAUCUUCCUCGAAUUCUAUGACUUUCAUUUUCCAUUUUUCUCUCACACUUUCUUUACCAUCUUUUUCUUCUCACUCAUCUUUUGUAGACCCUCAUAGAGGCUACGCAAGUGUCCAAUUUGGUCUUUGCUUUUGUGAGAGCUUGUUCUUUUGUAUGUUCAAGAUCAAGUAUUUAAUUUUUAUGCCUUUGUGUGUAAAAAGACUUGUAGUAUCCUAGUGUUUGAGUGCUUGUAAUAAAGUUGUGUUUCUUUUUAACUUUUUAUGCCUUUGUGUGUAAAAAUACUUGUAGUAUCUUAAUGUUUGAGUGAUUGUAAUAAAGUUGUGUUUCUUUUUCA